UGUGUGCGUCCGUGCAAAAUACCAGGGUGUUGCCGUUAUAACAUCUGCAAGACAACUUGCUCGUUUUUGUAAGGUUUACUUUACCGCCAUUUUUGUCUUCACGCGUCGCAUAUCUUGGGAGUAAUACCUGAGACAAGCGAAUUAUACCUGUUGGUGAAUACACUAAGAUAAAUUGGUGACUUUGGUGCUGCUACCUGAACCUCCUAUUUGGAACAUAUAUAGUGAUACAUUUCAGGUGGAAAUAUAACAAAAAUGGCGCGCAGAAAAGACGACAAAAUUUCGAUCGAUGCCAGCGACAUCGUCGAGCUGUCGAAGGCGACAUCGGUCUUUGAGAAGUUCAUUCAGUCGACUUUCGCUGAGUUCAUUGGAACCAUGGUAUAUACCUUCAUCGCAUGUAUGGCAGUAACGACCAUGGAUGUUACCUCGAUUGCACUUGCAGAAGGGCUGGGAAUUGCCUUCCUCUGUUCAGCUUUCUUGAACAUCAGUGGAGGCCUGUUCAAUCCCGGAUUAACCUUUGCUAUGGCUCUUUCUGGUGGUAUCAACGCAGUCGCCGCCAUCAUGUACUUCAUCUUCCAGAUCUUGGGGGCUCUGAUUGGAGCGGCUUUCAUCAAGGCGGUGGUCCUCAAUGAUUCCUACUACGACAUCAAGGGCGGCUGCAACCAGUACCGCGGCCUUGUACCUUACGACAAGUACGACGCCAACCGCCAGCUGGACAUGACAACGGGUACCGCUGUUGUCAUCGAGACCGUCCUCAGCACCAUGAUCUUUCUCGUCUACCUGAUGGCCAACCUUGAUACCAAGGGCCGCCAGAGCACCGGCCCACUCGCCUACGGAUUUGCCGUCCUCGUCAGCAUCAUUUGCGCGUACCACUCCAGCGGAGGCUCUUUCAACCCCGCUCGUAGCUUCGGACCUGCAGUCAUCUCGGGCUACUGGGCAGAGCACUACAUCUACUGGGCAGGACCUGCGCUUGGCGGACUUCUGGCUGGUCUCUUCUACAGGUUGAUUCUUGGAGAUCGUAAGAAGCGUUUCAUCCUCAAGCAUUAAGCCAGGACAAUGAGUCGACACGUUUUAGGAGUACUAUGAGAGUGAAACAUUCACUACAAAAUUCGAAUCUCUGAUUGCCAAAUCGAGUGAUUUUGUUCCUGUUUGAUAUUAGAAGUAAAUAUAACACUGACAAAUAUUCUCAUUUACGAAAAGCCCCUUGGACUAGUUUGUUUGUUUUCAUUAAUAUUUUCGGUAACUCAUGUAUCUUUAUAAAUAUACAAAACACAUCAGAGGUAUACAUCAGGAGUAUACAUAAUAUAUCAAAUUCAAGGAGCUUAGCUUCUGGCAAAUGAAUAUCACAUAUUAAUUAUUCAUACCUUACACCACAACCACUAUUAAUAAAAACCCUUUCGUUUCAUUUUCUUUGAGCCCUUUUAUUUGAAUAAGACGUUUUAAACUUGAACACAAUUAUUACGACAUAAAUUUGCCUUUCGUCGAGUUCAUCGAACAUUAAGAAUUUCAAUGACCUGUUCAAUUAAUGUCUUUCGAAGUUGUGCACUUGCUUAUUUUGAAAUCAUUUUCUGUAUAUAUUGACAUUCUUUUGUAGUUUUUUUUCCUUCUUUCUAAAACUUAUUGCUUCAGUUUUAGAAAAUAGCUAAGCUUUUUUGUAGUUAAAUCAUAUUUAAUUAUUAAUCAUACGCUUGUACACACAAAUUUUAAUUAAUAUGUAAUAGAUGCGAUUUGAAUAAAUUGCGUUAAGUUGGGAUUUUUUCAAAUAUAUUUUUAAAGAAUUGUCCUUACAAUACAAUUGUCGUGAUAAAAUCUCCCUUGUAGCGCGUUUACCUUGAUGCUUUUCUGUGCCCAUUUCCCCGUUGCUAUCGCUUAUUCUACAAUGUGUUAAAAUCUGCAAAAUACAUACAUUGAAAUACGCAAUCCAGCACUACGUUACAUGAAUUAGAAAAAUUAGAUUGAUUAAGCAUUAGCUAAUUAGUGAAUCAAACUUUUUUAAUCAAUCAAGUGCAAUUAAUUCAAAAAAUGUACAUAAAGAAGUAACAAAUUAUGAUUAGAAAGAAUUGAUAAUCAGAAUAAGAAAUAAAUGAUUGAAUAUGUACAGAUCUGAUUUUUACUGGUAAUAAACUUGCCACUUAGUUUGUAAACACA